CACACACAGAGACAGACUGAGCGAGGUCUGAGGAGAGAAGCAUAUGAUCUGCACCAGAGCAUAAAUAGAUUUGUCUCCAGCAGCGCUGCAGUGCUCCUGUGGAUCUGUAGAGCAGCCUCAGAAGAAGAAAACCCCGCCUCCUCCCAGGCCAUGCCCCGCCCAGCACACACCGAGGCCACGCCCCACUCCCUCAGCCACGCCCAGAGCACAGAAACCCCACGUGCCCCCUAAGCCUGUGCUCCUGCUCGGUCCUGUCCCUCCAGUGCCCCGCCGACCCCUGCCCAGUCCCCCUCUGAGAGCCAGAGUCCCGUCUGCAGGGCCCAUCCACAGCUCCAGGUUUCCGAUUCUGGGCCUCCAGCGGAGGAGCGACCUCCAUUGGGGAGCCAACAUGGAUUCUCCAGCCUCUCGAGACGCCAGCGAUCAUCCUCAGCUCAGCGAGACACCAGUGGCAGCAGCGCUGGAGAAAGAUGAUGCACUUUCAUUUAAAGCAUGUGAAAUCUCUGAGCUUUUGAGAUUGUCCAGCUUAAACUUCUUCCAGACGGACUCUGCCAGUGACGCGGAGAUUACAGAGGAACUUCAGAAAGAGCAUCAGAAACAGUGCAGCAGUGGUUUGGAGAGUAAUCGCAGUGACUCAGACGGAGAGCGUCAUGAGGGGAGCAGUAAACACGCAGACGGCGAGGAGGCAAGGUCGCAGGGUCACGAGGGGACGGAGGCCAGCGGAAAGAUCCCCAACCGGGACAGCGGCAUCGACAGUCCGUCCUGCGGAGCGGAGGCUGAGGGCUUCCCCAGCGAGGACAGGAGUGCCAGCCUGGCCACAGAGACCACCGCCGGAGACAAGCGGGACUCCACGCAGGACGAGGACAGCGACCUGGACGAGGGGAGCGGCGAGGAUCCCGAGAGCCUGGAGAUCAAGUCACAGAAGCUGUUGAACAUCGCUAAAGAGUUGCUCCAGACAGAAGAAGCGUAUGUGAAAAGACUCAACCUGCUGGACCAGGUGUUUUGUGCUCGUCUGACGGAGGCCGGCAUCCCUGCUGAGGUCAUCAUGAACCCUGUUGAGGAAGAAAAGGAUACUACACAGCUCGAAAUUCAGAGCUGUAAUCCGCGCAUAGGGGACAUCCUGCAGAAGCUGGCCCCAUUCCUGAAGAUGUACGGCGAGUAUGUGAAGAACUUCGAUCGUGCCAUGGAGCUGGUGAGCACAUGGAUGCAGCGCUCUGCUCAGUUCAAGAGCGUGGUCCAGAACAUCCAGAAGCAGGAGGUGUGUGGGAACCUGACGCUGCAGCAUCACAUGCUGGAGCCGGUGCAGCGGAUCCCGCGCUAUGAGCUCUUACUGAAGGACUAUCUGAAGAAGCUGCCCGCCGGAGCUGCAGACCGCAGAGACGCUCAGAAUGCUCUGGAGCUGAUCUCCACCGCAGCAAACCACUCCAACGCUGCCAUCAGGAAAAUGGAGAAGAUGCACAAGCUGUUGGAGGUGUAUGAGAAGUUGGGCGGAGAGGAGGACAUCGUUAAUCCAGCUAAUGAGUUCAUUAAAGAAGGCCACUUCAAGAAGAUGUCGGCUAAGAAUGGCAGCGCACAGGACCGAUACCUCUAUCUGUUCAAUAACAUGGUGCUGUAUUGUGUGCCCAAGCUGAGGCUGAUGGGACAGAAGUUUAGCGUCCGAGAGCGAAUCGACAUCGCAGGGAUGGAGGUUCAGGAAAACGCCAAGCAGAACGUCCCUCACACUUUCACCAUCAGCGGCAAACAGCGCUCGCUCGAGCUGCAGGCCAGGACGGCUGAGGAGAAGGACGACUGGAUAAAAGUGAUCCUGGCCACGAUUGAGAAGCACAAGCAGAACAGCGAGACGUUCAAAGCUUUCAAUGUCUCCUGCAGCCGUGAUGAGGAGCACACGCCUGACACGCCGGGCCUGUUGAGCAGCGCGAGCACAUGUGAGACAGACGGAGCUCAGCAUGAGAGGAAGAUCUCAAAGAAGCGAGAGAAGGAGAGAGAAACAUGCAAAGGCUGCAGUGAGACCUUCCACUUCACCAAACGCAAACACCACUGCAAGAGCUGCGGCGCGGCCGUCUGUGGGAAGUGUUCGAAGGUGUCGGAGAGCAGGAACAUCCGCGUGUGUAAGCCGUGUUUUGAAGGCCUGCAGGGAGCUGAAGGGACAGCAGGGGGCGGCACUGAGCCCAAGAGAAAACUCGAGGUCUGUCUGGCUGUGACAUGAGAAGAAGAAAGAGUCAAACGUGUUCAGACUGAUUCAGGAUUGUGAAUCAGCGACCGGCUGAACGGAGCUCCUGUCACAUACUGUAAAGGGAGGAGCAUGAGCCAAUAAGAUGCUUACCCUCACCUCUGGUCCCUCCCCUUUAUAAAAAAACUCCUGUUACUUGAAAUCACUAUAUCCUCAGCACUUUUUCAUUCUUUCUUUUGAAGAACCUUCCUUCACACGCUCGUUGCUCUUUCAGCUGCAGCUCAGUGUGAGAGCAACUGUUUGUCAAUGCACUGUUCCCGUCCGCUGCUCGUGUUGUGCUGGAUGAAGAUGUCUAUAUAAUGCUACGAUGAAUGUUUUGUUGCCUUUCAGAUGUUAUUAGUUAAAGCAUUAAGUCACUGUUCUUGUGAUUCACUGUCAGUUCAAACCUUCAUGCACCCCUUUGUUUAUUCUUUCUGAUUUGAAAAGAUGAAAUCCUUAAAAUACAAGUAAACCGAAGAGACACACUGAACUGAAGCAGAGCAAAAAGUCAUAUUUCACUCCAAACAACAGGAAGAAAUAAUAUUUUGCGUGAA